AUACUUCCCCACUAUACACACUUCACUCUCUCUUCUCCAAUGGCUUCCUCUCCAAACGUCGCCGCCGCUCUCUUCCUCUUCUUCCUCGCCCUCUUCUCCACCACCGCCCACGGCCGCGAGAGCCACUUCUUCAGCAGGGUCACCGCCAACACCAACCCAACCCCCACCACCACCGUCUCCGUUUCUCCCGACUCCAAAGUCGCCGUCAAUACCAACAAUGUCGAUCCUAACGUCGUCAAUAACGGCCAACCUUCCUUCGUCCAGGAAACGGAAAACAACGGCUACGCCAUCUACGACCACCAGAUCCCCGAAGAAACGACGUCGUUCUACCAGACCGCCACUAACACCAAGCUCACCUCUUCCCCGACCAACAACUACCGUCCCUAUAACCAACAGACCAAUAGUGAUGAGAAUUUCCACAACGAAAACACAAAAAAUAACGAGAAAUACUUCAACAACGACAGGUAUUCCGGCGAGAGCGGGUACAACGGCGACAACAACCACGACGAGCAGGAAAAGUUCGGUGAGACUAGCCUGAAACAACAGGAUACCACCGGCUACCAGAAGUCCGGUUGGGAUUUCGGAAAUAGUGGUUACGAAUUCUUCCCCUAACAGACCAGAUUGAUGAAUGCAGCAGUAGAGAAGAAUAAGAUGCAGAGUUCUUAGUUGCAGACGAAUGCCAGAAGCAGAGAAAGUGAAACGACAGCGUUGUGCAAGUUGGUGACGUAGCCGUUAGUUGGACAGAAUUGAAUGAAAGCCACGUGUCGGCUAUUUACAGUUUACUUUUAAACUUGCAGUUAUUUGUAGUUUUUAUUGGAGAUGAAUUCUGGUUUUUCAGAAAAAUAUAAAAGGAAGAGUGAGCAGAUAGCUCACUCUAACGAUUGAUCCGUAAUUCGUUCUUCUUCGGCUGCUUAACCUAGCAGCUUAUUCUAUUUUCUUUCUUCCUAUUUCAUUCUGAUGUGUCGUCUUCAUCCUCACCCUCGAUAGUAAGUAUGUUGUUCACUGUAACCUGACCCAAGGGCAUGAACACAGUAGAGCGGAACCGAUGAAUGCAUGUAUUGAUAAAAUAAGUGUAUUGUAAGACUACAUUCUUUGAUCCAUUUGUUUGUACUUGUGUAUUUUAAUAGGAUGAAGUCAUUUUUUUCAUGGCAAUGCCUUUUUUACCCCUUAUUUAUAACAUAUAGAGCAAACAAUAAGGGACAAAACCAGAAGAAAGAAAAGGAAACAAUCUCAACUAUGAAAUUGUACAAUUGUUCAUAAUGAAUGAUGGUUCCAGUUAGGGAAAAAAAACAAUCUACAUACUAUAUGUCAUAAAAAAAAUGACGCAUUGCAAAUUCGGUUUAAUUUUUGGUUAACUCGUUGAACCCUCAAACCCGAACAUCCAGCCCUAAUUAUGUAAUGUAUGUGUGGGGAAUUUAUGAAUUGGGAGGUGGGAAUGGUGGGUGCGUUUGGACCAAACUACUACCAAUGAACAAAAAUGGCAAAACAAAGCGAAAUAAUUUGAAGGGGCAGAGUAGGGGCGGGGGACUAGGGAGUAGAAUAGAAUAGUCUGAUCUUUAGCGACGAGUUGAGAGGAAUUGGUGGGGAAAGAGGGGGCCACAAGGAGAGUUGGAUUACACUAUUAUUAUAAGUGUCAUGUUGAUGUGAUUUGAAUCGGAUUAUCAGCCGCUACGACUGGUAAUCGGGGGUCUGGUCUGUAACCGUUUCCUUUGCCAGAUUGGAUUAGGUUUAGACCCACAUGGAGAAGUACUAUAAAUAUUUCUCAUAUUCCUCUGUAAUCUGUAAUCUCCUCGAUAUAGUGAAACUGGCUCUCUCUCGCCCGUGGACGUAGCUAACACACAUCGUGUUAGUGAACCACAUAAAUCGUGUGUAUGUGUUUUUCGAUUCUCGCUUUCGUAUUCUUACUUUAUCGAUUCCGACAAUUUCCCGAUCCGUAGCAGCGCGUUUAUAACAUGCCAUAAUGUCUGGACUCUGUACUCUUUCUUCUUCCUCUUCUUCUUCUUAUGGUUGUAUGGCGGAGCAACUAGGAAUGAAUCAUGAUACUUCUUUAUUAGGUUGUUUAUGUGUCAAAUAGAAAGGAACAGUCGGAUGCAUAAAUUCUGUAAUUUUUUUAAUAUCAAUUUGGAUUUGAUCUCCAGGACUUGCAUUCCCAAUCAAAAGAAAGACAAUUGAGUGAUCGUCGAAGAAUGAGCCAUGUAAUGGAUUAUCAGUUAGGCAAGGUCUGAUGAUAAAAAUACACGAUGUCAUCCCUAACAUCUAUGAAAAUGUUUACAUGCCACUUAGUUAAUUAGUACAUAUAUAUUUUUGAUUCAUGUAUUUUCUAGUUGUGUAGUAAUUAUGAAUUGCUAUUACUCAAUCAUUCCCAUCUCAAAAUUUCAAAGAUCUACUUAACCCUAUAGUCGAAGUGCUAAAAGACGUUUUAAAUCAACCCAUUUGAGAAUAACGAGAUAUCAUACCCUAAAUUGGUUAUCUUCACAUUACCCAUUGAGCCUAUCUCACGCUACCAAAUCCACAUUCACCAUAUUUUCUCUCUAUUAUUAUACGCCGGGUUUGAAAAAGGGACUGCUGUUUUUGUCUUCCCACUAGUAGGGGUGUGUAAUGGUCCGGCCCGUUUGAGACUGGAUCACAUUGAACUAAACCGAAGUUUGGAUCGGAUCCCACCGUACCGAGUAUAAUUAAUGUGGUUCGGUCCUUGAUCCACUUGAAUUUUAUAAUUACUAAAGAAAUGAAAAAUCGAAUUGAUAUUUGGACCAGACAGAAUCGAACCAAAUAGAUCGAACACAAUAAUGAUUCGGUCCUUGAUCCUUACAAAUGAGCCACGAUUCACGUGAAAUUAGUACGGUCCAGACCGGUCCAAACCGUUGCACACUCCCAGCUUCCCACUACACUACGGGAAUAUUUUACUUUUUUAUAGAGAACAAUAUGAGUAGGAAAAUAAUUAGUUAUCGAACCUUUUUCUUCUUUCUUUUUGUUAUGGUGUUUGAAAAAAGAAACAUAUUAAAUUAGGAAGAAACGUGGCCCAAAGAGAAUAGUGGGAUCUUCACUAUCAUCAUUAAAUUUCUUCAUCUAUUCCGGAGAUUACAAGGAAAGCUUCCCCAAAAUUAAUCAAAUCCAGAGGGACCAUGUACGGCGAUCAUUUCUACUCAUUAGCCCCAUUCCCAUUUUACACCUUCUAUGAUUAGAAUAACCAAAACAAUAGAAAAAGACCCAUUAGUAGAGAAAUCAUAGAUUAAGAAAUUUAAUCUAAACAA